GCGUGCGGACGUUGACGGCGCUGCGGGUGACGUGUGGCCUGCGUCUGCCCUGCCGGUUCCUGUGAGCAGGUCCGCGGGUCGGUCUGUGCAGUGCAGCACUCUGCGGAGCUCUGCCCGGAAGCGACGCCUCUGGCCUGGGCUGCCCAGCGGGGCGGGUCUGGUCCCUAGACAGAAGAGGAAGCAAAAUCGCGAGCCCCGAGCCUCGGACCGGGUGGCUUACAGGCGGUCGGGCUGAGGUUUUUGGAUGGUCGAUCCACCCGACUCCACCGAAAGGUAACUGAGUCGCGGAAUCUAGAAUGUAAAUUUGAAUUUCAAGUUUCUGAUUUUUAUGGAUCACUGAUAUAAUAAAAGAUGGCUUUACCUCGACUCACAGGAGCCUUGCGCUCUUUUUCAAAUGUCACCAGGCAAGAUAAUUAUAGUGAAGGAGUAGCUGACUUAAAGCUGAAACGAUCCAAACUUCAUGAACAAGUCUUAGAAUUGGGCUUGACAUGGAAGAAGAUAGUAAAGUUUUUGAAUGAAACACUAGAGAAAAAUAAAAUGCAAAGCAUUAAUGAAGACUUAAAAGAUAUAUUGCAAGCUGCAAAACAAAUCGUUGGCACGGAAAAUGGGAGAGAAGCAAUUGAAAGUGGGGCUGCAUUUCUGUUUAUGACAUUUCACUUGAAGGACUCUGUUGGGCACAUGGAGACAAAGGCUAUCAGACAGAUGUUUGGCCCCUUUCCAUCGUCAUCUGCCACCACAGCUUGUAAUGCCACUAAUCGAAUUAUUUCUCAUUUUAGUCAAGAUGAUCUUACUGCUCUUGUCCAGAUGGCAGAAAACCAAUGUAGUGGUAGAGUACUUUUUGGUAAAAACUUAGCAUUUUCAUUUGACAUGCAUGAUCUGGACCACUUUGAUGAACUGCCAAUAAAUGGUGAAGCCCAGAAAACUAUAAGCUUAGAUUACAAGAAGUUCCUUAGUGAACAUUUUCAGGAGCACUGCACCUCAGAACUCAAGCCUGUGGAAAAAACAAAUGGUUCCUUUUUGUGGUGUGAAGUUGAGAAGUACUUGAGUGCAACUUUAAAGGAAAUGACUGAAGCGCCAAGAAUAGAAGAUCUUUGCUGUACCUUAUAUGAUAUGCUUGCUUCUGUUAAAAGUGGUGAUGAACUUCAGGAUGAGGUACAGUUGAAGUCAUUGAAGUUUUAUGUAAAUCUCUUUGAGUUGCUGGGGCCUGAAGGACUUGAUCUUAUUGAGAAGCUCCUGCAGAACAGAAUUACAAUUGUAGAUCGGUUUCUUAAUUCUUCAAAUGACCAUAAGUUUCAGGUUCUUCAAGACAAUUGUAAAAAAAUUUUAGGAGAGAAUGCUAAGCCCAAUUAUGGUUGUCAAGUCACUAUUCAGUCUGAACAAGAAAAGCAGUUAAUGAAACAAUAUCGCCGUGAAGAAAAAAGAAUUGCUAGACGAGAGAAAAAGGCUGGAGAAGAUGGGGAUGUUUCUGGAGAAGGACUUAUGUCCUUUGACCCUAAGGAGCUGCGGAUAAAUAGAGAACAAGCACUUCUGAAUGCUAGAAGUGUUCCAAUUCUGGGCAGACAGAGAGACAUGGAGGUUGAAAAAAUCCGUUAUCCCCAUGUUUAUGAUUCCCAGGCUGAAGCCAGGGAAACAUCAGCAUUCAUUGCAGGUACCAAGAUGAUUUUACCAGAAGGAAUCCAAAGAGAGAAUACCAAGCUUUACGAAGAAGUGAGAAUUCCCUACAGUGAACCAAUGCCUAUUGGCUUUGAGGAGAAGCCAGUUUAUAUCCAAGACUUAGAUGAGAUUGGACAGCUGGCUUUUAAAGGAAUGAAGAGACUCAAUAGAAUCCAGUCAAUUGUAUUUGAGACUGCCUACAAUACCAAUGAAAACAUGCUGAUUUGUGCCCCUACUGGAGCUGGGAAGACCAACAUUGCAAUGCUCACAGUCUUACAUGAAAUCCGCCAGCACUUUCAACAGGGUAUUAUUAAAAAGAAUGAAUUUAAGAUUGUGUAUGUUGCUCCAAUGAAAGCCUUGGCAGCUGAAAUGACUAAUUACUUCAGCAAACGUCUAGACCCACUGGGCAUCACUGUAAAAGAAUUGACUGGUGAUAUGCAGUUGUCAAAAAGUGAAAUUUUGCGAACUCAGAUGCUUGUAACCACACCAGAAAAAUGGGAUGUAGUAACAAGAAAGAGUGUUGGGGAUGUGGCUCUUUCCCAGAUAGUAAAGCUUCUCAUACUUGAUGAAGUUCAUUUGCUACAUGAAGAUAGGGGGCCAGUUGUAGAAAGCAUAGUUGCACGAACCUUACGACAGGUUGAGUCCACACAGAGUAUGAUAAGGAUUCUCGGCCUGUCUGCAACCUUACCCAACUACCUGGAUGUUGCUACAUUUCUACAUGUUAACCCCUGCAUUGGACUUUUCUACUUUGAUGGCCGUUUUCGUCCAGUACCUCUUGGACAGACAUUUUUGGGAAUUAAAAGUGCAAAUAAGAUGCAGCAGUUGAAUAACAUGGAUGAAGUAUGCUAUGAAAGUGUUUGGAAACAAGUAAAGGCUGGACACCAGGUGAUGGUGUUUGUACAUGCUCGAAAUGCUACUGUAAGAACAGCCAUGUCUCUAAUAGAAAGAGCAAAAAAUUGUGGCCACAUUUCCUACUUUUUAGCUACCCAAGGACCAGAGUAUGGACACGCAUUAAAACAGGUACAAAAGUCAAGAAAUAAGCAAGUACGAGAAUUAUUCCCAGAUGGCUUUAGUAUUCAUCAUGCAGGAAUGCUUCGGCAAGAUAGAAAUUUGGUUGAAAACUUGUUUUCGAACGGGCAUAUCAAAGUCCUUGUCUGUACAGCCACAUUAGCCUGGGGCGUCAAUCUUCCUGCUCAUGCUGUUAUUAUUAAGGGAACACAAAUAUAUGCUGCAAAAAGAGGCUCCUUUGUUGACCUUGGAAUUUUAGAUGUCAUGCAGAUAUUUGGCCGAGCCGGACGACCACAAUUUGACAAAUUUGGGGAAGGAAUCAUUAUAACGACACACGAUAAACUCAGCCAUUACCUCUCUUUGCUCACUCAGCAAAACCCAAUUGAGAGUCAGUUUCUGGAAAGUCUUGCAGAUAACCUAAAUGCAGAGAUUGCUCUGGGAACAGUUACCAACGUGGAAGAAGCAGUGAAGUGGAUAAGUUACACUUACCUGUAUGUGCGGAUGAGAGCAAACCCCUUAGUAUAUGGCAUCAGUCACAAAGCUUACCAGAUUGACCCAACAUUAAGAAAGCAUCGAGAACAAUUAGUUAUUGAAGUUGGCCAAAAAUUGGACAAAGCUAAGAUGAUUCGUUUUGAAGAACGGACUGGAUACUUUUCCUCCACUGAUUUGGGGAGAACUGCCAGCCACUACUACAUUAAAUACAGCACCAUCGAGACAUUUAAUGAACUCUUUGAUGCACACAAAACAGAAGGCGAUAUCUUUGCUAUUGUCUCCAAAGCUGAAGAAUUUGAUCAAAUUAAGGUGAGAGAAGAGGAAAUAGAAGAGUUAGAUGCCUUGUUAAACAAUUUCUGUGAACUCUCAGCUCCUGGAGGUGUGGAAAAUAGUUACGGGAAAAUAAACAUUUUACUUCAGACUUACAUCAGCCGAGGAGAAAUGGACAGUUUCUCUCUCAUAUCAGACUCGGCAUAUGUUGCCCAGAAUGCAGCUAGGAUUGUCCGUGCUCUUUUUGAAAUUGCACUGAGGAAACGUUGGCCUACCAUGACCUACAGGCUCCUGAAUCUUAGUAAAGUCAUUGACAAGAGACUUUGGGGUUGGGCUAGCCCUUUGAGACAAUUUUCUGUGUUACCACCACACAUUCUAACAAGAUUAGAAGAAAAAAACCUUACAAUAGAUAAGCUAAAAGACAUGAGGAAAGAUGAAAUUGGUCACAUUCUGCAUCAUGUGAAUAUUGGACUGAAGGUCAAACAAUGUGUUCACCAGAUCCCUUCUGUUACAAUGGAGGCAUCCAUUCAGCCCAUCACACGGACUGUCCUUCGAGUAACACUUAGUAUCUAUCCGGAUUUCUCCUGGAACGAUCAGGUUCAUGGAACAGUGGGAGAACCGUGGUGGAUUUGGGUAGAAGAUCCUACAAAUGAUCAUAUUUAUCAUUCUGAGUAUUUUCUAACUCUUAAAAAACAGGUCAUUAGUAAAGAAGCUCAACUACUGGUAUUUACAAUCCCAAUUUUUGAGCCUUUGCCUUCCCAAUACUACAUUCGAGCAGUGUCCGAUAGAUGGUUAGGAGCUGAAGCUGUUUGUAUCAUCAACUUUCAACAUCUGAUUCUACCAGAGAGACAUCCUCCCCAUACAGAAUUACUGGAUCUUCAGCCUUUACCAAUCACAGCUCUGGGGUGCAAAGCAUAUGAAGCCCUGUAUAACUUCAGCCACUUCAACCCAGUGCAGACACAGAUAUUCCACACAUUGUACCACACAGACUGUAAUGUCCUGCUUGGAGCACCCACUGGAUCAGGAAAAACUGUUGCAGCAGAACUUGCCAUUUUCAGAGUCUUCAACAUGUAUCCCAGUUCAAAGGCAGUAUAUAUUGCACCCUUAAAGGCCCUCGUACGUGAAAGAAUGGAUGAUUGGAAAGUUAGAAUAGAAGAAAAACUUGGUAAAAAAGUUAUUGAACUAACAGGGGAUGUAACUCCAGACAUGAAAUCCGUUGCUCAGGCUGACCUCAUUGUCACUACACCAGAGAAAUGGGAUGGAGUUAGUCGAAGCUGGCAGAAUAGGAACUAUGUGCAACAAGUCACUAUUCUCAUCAUAGAUGAGAUCCAUCUGCUUGGGGAAGAAAGAGGUCCAGUUCUAGAAGUCAUUGUGUCUCGAACAAACUUCAUCUCAUCACAUACAGAGAAGCCUGUUAGAAUAGUUGGACUGUCUACUGCGUUAGCUAAUGCCAGAGACCUUGCUGACUGGCUCAACAUAAAGCAGAUGGGUUUGUUCAACUUCCGACCAUCAGUUCGCCCAGUUCCACUGGAAGUUCACAUUCAAGGUUUCCCAGGUCAACACUAUUGCCCACGUAUGGCUAGUAUGAAUAAACCUGCAUUUCAGGCAAUUAGAAGUCAUUCUCCAGCCAAACCUGUUUUGAUAUUCGUUUCAUCAAGACGUCAAACUAGACUUACUGCUUUAGAAUUGAUAGCUUUUUUGGCUACUGAAGAAGAUCCAAAGCAGUGGUUGAAUAUGGAUGAGCAAGAGAUGGAGAACAUUAUUGGAACAAUACGAGAUUCCAACCUGAAACUGACUUUAGCCUUUGGGAUAGGAAUGCAUCAUGCUGGGCUCCAUGAAAGAGACCGAAAAACUGUAGAAGAGCUAUUCGUGAACUGCAAAGUUCAGGUUCUUAUUGCCACAAGCACAUUAGCCUGGGGUGUAAACUUUCCAGCUCAUUUAGUAAUUAUUAAGGGAACAGAAUAUUAUGAUGGGAAAACAAGACGUUAUGUGGAUUUUCCAAUCACAGAUGUGCUCCAGAUGAUGGGUCGGGCUGGAAGGCCGCAGUUUGAUGACCAAGGCAAAGCUGUGAUUCUGGUUCAUGAUAUAAAAAAAGAUUUUUACAAAAAAUUUCUUUAUGAACCUUUCCCAGUAGAAUCAAGCUUAUUAGGAGUGCUUCCUGACCACUUAAAUGCAGAGAUUGCUGGGGGUACAAUAACAUCUAAGCAAGAUGCAAUGGAUUAUAUCACCUGGACUUACUUUUUCCGACGUCUUAUCAUGAAUCCCAGUUACUACAGUUUGGGUGAUGUGAGCCAUGAUUCUGUGAACAAGUUUCUUUCCCAUCUGAUUGAAAAGUCCCUAGUCGAAUUGGAACUUUCCUACUGUAUUGAAAUUGGAGAGGAUAAUCAGAGUAUUGAGCCACUGACAUAUGGCCGAAUUGCCUCCUAUUACUAUUUGAAGCAUAAAACAGUCAAAAUGUUCAAGGACCGUUUGAAACCUGAAUGCAGCACUGAAGAACUGCUUUCAAUUCUGAGUGAUGCAGAAGAGUACACAGAUUUGCCAGUAAGACAUAAUGAGGACCAUACCAACAGUGAAUUGGCCAAAUGUCUUCCCAUCGAAUUAAGUCCACACUCAUUUGACAGCCCUCACACCAAAGCGCAUCUCCUGCUACAGGCACAUCUCAGCCGGGCCAUGCUGCCUUGCCCAGAUUAUGACACUGAUACCAAAACUGUCUUAGACCAAGCUCUCAGAGUAUGUCAGGCAAUGCUGGAUGUGGCUGCAACCCAGGGCUGGCUGGUAACUGCCCUGAACAUCACCAACCUGGUUCAGAUGGUGAUCCAAGGCCGGUGGUUGAAAGACUCUUCUCUUCUUACAAUACCAAACAUAGAACAGCACCAUCUUCACCUUUUCAGGAAAUGGAAGCCAACUGUUAAAGUCCCACAUGCUCAAUCCCGAACCUCCAUUGAAUGCCUUCCUGAGCUGAUCCAUGCCUGUGAAGGGAAAGACAGUUUAUUCAACUCCAUGGUAGAGAAGGAGCUACAAGCAUCAAAAACAAAGCAGGCAUGGAAUUUUUUAUCUCAUUUGCCAGUGAUAAAUGUUAGCAUAAGUGUUAAAGGCUCAUGGGAUGACUUAGUUGAAGGACAUAAUGAACGUUCCAUCUCAACUCUGAGUGCAGACAAACGAGAUGAUAACAAAUGGAUCAAGUUGCAUGCUGAUCAGGAGUAUGUGCUUCAAGUCAGUCUACAGAGGAUCCACUUUGGGUUCCACAAGGGAAAACAAGAGUGUUAUGCGGUCACCCCUCGAUUCCCCAAAUCUAAAGAUGAAGCAUGGUUUUUGAUAUUAGGAGAGGUGGAUAAGAAAGAGCUUAUUGCUUUGAAACGAGUAGGCUAUAUUCGAAACCAUCAUGAUGUUUCCCUUGCUUUCUACACCCCUGAAACACCUGGAAGAUAUAUCUUUACCCUAUAUCUCAUGAGUGACUGCUACCUUGGCCUAGACCAGCAGUAUGACAUUUAUCUCAAUGUCACACAACCAAGCAUUUCUACACAGGUCAACACAGAGGUCUAUGAAGCCUUCACUGACUUGGCAGUCCAGUAACCUGACCCAAACAAGCCGUUUGAAAGAAGUGGUUAACAGUCAUGUGGACAAAGUUGAUUUACUUGGUAUCAGUCUUGGCAGAAACAACUUCUAACCUCAAGACAUCCAGGAAAUUGACAGUGGCUGCAAUAUUGACUUCAGCAACAAAGUUAGCCGCAGUGGCCUUUUAACAAAUUUUGCCUUUUGUAAUGUCUUCAAGGGUUUCUUUAUAUGUAAGAUGAGUAGGCAUGUAGUAUAAUGGUUUAACUUGUGUAUAUUGGAGGUGAUAGUUGGGAGUUAUCAAAUUUCACAUCUCAAAAUGUAAUGUUUACCUAAUUACUGAUUACUCCUUUUUCAUAAGGAAAACUACAUUGAGGUGUAACAGAAUUUUAACACUCUAGCAUAAAACACAUAAAUUUAUGGGUGAUACAAAGGAGGUCUUGUUAGGAAAAUUUAUGCUUUGAUCUGAUCACAUGUCAAAUAGUUUCAUGAAUUUUCUUAUAAAUGUUAGUAAUAUAUGAUGUGAACUUUUAUUACAGAGUUGAAUGAUGAUUUAAGAAGACAAUGCUGAUCUUGGCAAAUGUGGAUGCUAUAACUGGUGGAAUAAAGUAUAUAGAAUGCUACUGCAAGACA